CGGGCGCAGUCCGGUGCGGAGCGGCCAUGACGGCGCACAGCUUCGCGCUGCCGCUCGUCCUCUUCUCCGCCUUCUGGGGCCUCGUGGGCAUCGCCGCGCCCUGGUUCGUGCCCAAGGGGCCGAACCGCGGGGUGAUCAUCACGAUGCUGGUCACCACCGCCGUGUGCUGCUACCUGUUCUGGCUCAUCGCCAUCCUGGCCCAGGCCAACCCCCUGUUCGGGCCGCAGCUGAAGAACGAGACCAUCUGGUACGUGCGCUUCCUCUGGGAGUGAGCAGUCCCUAGGAGCUGGCGCCUCAGCAGAGACCCCCAUCAAAUCCAUCACCCUCUUGUAGCUGUUCCAGCCUCUACCCUCCUGUACCAAACAGCCCCCAGAGGUGCUGGACAGAGGCUGGACCCGCUGCCCAAGCACACCUGGAGCACUGCAGCCUGGACCAAUGGAUGGCUGGGCCCCCAAGCACGACAGGCAGCAUCCCUGGAUGAGGGCCUACUAAUCCAGCCCUAGGAGCAGCCAUGCUACCAGGGAGAGAUCCCUUCAGCUGGCCCAGUGCUGCAGUGACUGGGCACCAUCCUGUGGGAGAUCUGUGUGUGGUGCCAGCAGAUCCUGCCCCAGCAGUGCUUGUCCUGCCCUCUUGGUGUGUUCAGCCCUAGCCCCCACAAGAAACCCCUGCUCGUAGCCCAAGCUGCCCCACUAGUUGCCCUGUCCCUGGUCAUCACAUCCACUGGCUGCCCGUCUGCAUGAGAACACAGGAGCCAUUGCAUCCCUGUGGAGUGAGCAGUGCCCUAGGGUGGGGCUGGUCCCUGCUAAGGCAGAUUCUGGCUGUGGGUGCAAGAACAAAGGGUUGACCCUGGAGGAGCAUGCAGACCCCCCUGUGGGGUGGUAAGGGAGGUGUUGGGAUCUGCUGGCAGGGAUGAAGAGAGGGCUGUCUCCCACCUGAGCAGUGAGGCAGCCGCAGUAGUGUUUAGGUAUCUCCACCACAACAAGAUGGGUCCAGGUUCUGAGACGAGCCAAGUAGGGCAUUGUGUUUCAGGUUUCCCCUUAUUUAUCAGAUAAUUUAUCUGUAUUUAUUUAUUUAUUUGUCUGUGUCAUUUAACUUGUGUUGUGGAAAUAAAACCUUUUUCUAGUAAGUCAUGCUGCUUUGAGGCUGAACAAGUCUUGGCCUUAUUCAGUCACCUUUCCUUUCCCCAAUACUGUUCCUGCACCAUGAGAACAAGGCUGGGAUCCUUAGCUGUUGAGCAGGAGGUUGGCAGCACACUAAUGCAUGGAAAGUUUUAUCCUUGAUGGCACCUGUGUGCUCAUGCUGUGUGACCAGGGUCACAGGGAAGGAACUGUGUGUGCUAGAGAGAGAACUGGGUACUUGCCCAGCCUCUUGCAGCUGUGCUGGGACCAUUUCCAUGGUGCUGGAGCAGCUCAGCAGCCUCUUUGCCAGGCAGCUAAGACUCAGGUGGGGAAUAAAGUAAAAAGCAGAGACCAACAUCUUGGAGGGGCUCUGAGUGAGCAGGCUUUUCCUCUUAGGAAGAGGGCAGCAAAGGAUGCUGUUUCCAAGGAUCCCAGCAGUUUGCUUUGGAUCAAGCUCCCCUUGCUGCUACCAGGUCAGUUAAGCUCAGUCCUGCUGGAAUCAGAACACUGGCAGGAAAGGAGCUCCAUCAUCCCACAGUAGCAGCAGGAAGCAGCAGGAGAGCUGUGCAGCCAUGCAGACACCCAUCCAUGCCACCAGCCAGGAGCCAUCGCUGCUGGGAGCUGCUCCCUAGGAAAUGAGACAGUGCUGGAUGGCUCAAGGGGUUUGUUUAUUGCUACAGGAAUGG